CACUCUUCAACCACUCGAGUGCGAUACCAAAGAUACCGAAACACGAGCUACGAAAACGACUGCCUACAGCCCGCAAUAGACAUCGAUUCUUGCUUCAGUACUGUCGCAAGUUUGCUGACGCAACAGCAGCGCUCAUAGGCCAGCAAGGCCCCCCGACCAUGCUCGCACAAGCUGCAAGGCACCGUAAAGCAAUCUGCCUCUCGAUAAAUAUCAUCGCUUCACCGGCUCGGGCGCACAACUUCCUGUCUCGCCAUGGUGUCCCACAGCACACGCAAGCUUUGAGAUGUUUCUCAAGUCAACCAUGCAGGAGACAACGAACAUCGGGGAGGGAAACGCCCGAGGCAGAUCAACCCUCAAUUUCGAGCCCAAGUCCAGUCGCGAAAACGAAAAAGAAAAGCCUAGCCCUCCCAUGGAUGACCAGAAGCGAGGACGGCACCCCCGCGGCGCCCGAUCCUCUCCGUGCGGCUCAGCAUGUCGCUAUGUUGCUAUCCAAAGAUCGCCUUGAUGAUGCACAAACUUUCACAAGAGCGGCAAGCAAGUAUGCUCAGCUCGUCGUGAGCUGGAACCACCUGAUCGAUUAUGCGCUUAAAAACCAGAAACUUCGAGAAGCACUCAAGCUCUUCCAAGAGAUGAAAAAGCGUGCUCAGGUCCCGAACGCGCAAACUUUCACCAUACUCUUCCGCGGCUUCGCACAGUCGCAGCACCCAAAAACGGCCGUUAGUGAGGCUGUCAAGUUGUAUCAGUCAAUGCUCACCAGAGAGCGUGUUCAACCGAAUAUCAUCCAUCUCAACGCUGUCCUCAAAGUCUGCGCAGCCGCUGGCGACCUCGAGUCGCUAUUUAUGAUCGUUGAGACGGCCAAUGAUUCCAUGAGAUCUCCCAAUGGUCAGACGUAUACGAUCAUCCUCAACGGCCUCCGUGCCCCUCUGGUGGGAAGUCGAAGGCAAGCUAGCGCAGAUGAGCAGCUGCGGAGUGCAGAGGAAGCGGCGACAAAAGAAGCCCUACAACGAGCCAAGACAAUAUGGCGCGAAGUCAUAGAUCGCUGGAGAGCUGGUGCAAUCGUCAUCGACGAAGCGUUAGUUUGUGCAAUGGGCCGCCUUCUCUUGCUUGGGGACCGCUCGGACCGGAAGUCCAUCCCCGAAUUGAUUGAACAGACCAUGCAAAUAUCUGUCAAACCACAGGUGGAAGGCCUCUCCCCCAUGCGACCUGCAGGUGCAGCUAUGCCAUCUGGAGUCCCGAUCUCGAAGAGUGUCGUAGCACUCUCCCAACCACAGUCAAAGAAGACUUCCCUGAGUUCUUCGAUGGGAUUCGCGCACCCCGGCAACAACUCCCUUUCUCUUGUCCUUGAGACGCUCGCCGACACUGGCGAAACUUCAGCCUCAUUGCGUUAUUGGGAUGCUUUUGUCCAAGGACACGGUGUGGUGCCUGACGCUCAAAACUGGAUUGCUCUUCUCCAUGCUUUCUCAAGGGGCAAGAACAGCACCAGUGCGGCCAAUGCCUUGGAAAAGUUACCCGCAGAGAUGACACAAAGCAAGCAUGUUCGUGCAGUGAUGAAAGCUUGCCUUCGCGAUUGUCUCAACCAGCAUGCUUUCGCUAAUGCGACACGGGCUUUGAACGCCAUGAAGACGAAGCUCGUGCUUCCUGAUCUAACCGCCAUGCAGACCUAUUUACGAGUGGCUUAUGCUUGCAAGAGGCAGUUUGAGAACAAGGCCGGGCAAUUUGAUCAGAAGGCAAAAUAUGCCCACGGACGGCAGCUUGGCGCUGCCCUCGACAAUCUACAAGAGCCGCACGCCAUUAUUCGGAAACACAUUGAUGGUUUGCAGCUCGACCAAAUUGCCGACUCGAAAGAAUGGCUACAAAAGGCCACAAUUCUGGGCGAUCUCGUCGCUCUGUCUCGGAAGAUGAUCGCAGCAUACGAUAGGCUCAUCUUUGACGAUAUGGUACCUGAGAAGGUCUCUGAGGCCAUCAAGCCAUUGCGCAACCAACUCAACCGCCUUGUUGUGGCCUACUUUGAAGAGCGUCUAAAGCGAGACCCGGCUUUUGAUAGGAAAGCCAUGGAGAUGGAGGAUGAUGAGCAAGACGCAGGCGCCGAGGAUACAAUGCCGCAAAACAUGCAGACGCCAGCGGGAAAUGACGCAAAACCGCAUGGUUUCAGCGAACGCAAAGGCAAAUACUACUCUGGCAUGCAUCAAAUCAACUUCGAGAAACCCCAGCACGGCGAAGGAGAAUCGGAAGCAACAAACCCUCGCCGGCCUCAAAGCGUAUCUUGGGACGAGUCCGAGCCGGCACCGUUCAGAAGGUCUGAAAGGGGGAGCCAUCGGGCGAGGAGGCCGUCUUCCCGAGAAGCGAGAUCCCCAAGACGAGGUCAAGCAGGCGGCAGCAGAGACAAGGCGCCGCUUCGUCAAGGCCAAAUUCAGUCCAAGGAGGAGUUCUGGGCAAUGGCCGAGUGACGGAGCUGUAAGAUGCAGAAUCAGUUGAUUGGCUGACACACACAGCUGUGUGGUGGGCGGUUAAAGGGGACACAGCGAUGUACGAUACUUGAUACUUAUACCCUCGUGUGGCGUGGCGAUGUACUAUACAUGGAUCGAGUAACGACCUUCUGAAUGACCAUACUCUGGAAAAUGUUCCCAGGAGCAGGGAUGUGGAUUCCCUGACAGCGCCGCCUUGCGUUUGUGGACGAGAUCUUGACAUUGCCACGGAUUAUUCCCUAGGUAGACCCCAGCCUGGCUCUGGAAAACUAUAAUCGGCCACGAGGCU